AUGGGUGUCAGAUCAGUAGUCACAGAUUUGUCCAGAACAGCGCUGCACAAAGACACAAUGAUGGAUUUUGGACCUCCAUGCUCUCCGUCUCUCUUUGUAGGAGUGCUGAUGAUUUUUGCCACAGUGUCAGCAGCCAACCUUGAAAGGGAGCUUUUUAAGGAUUUGAUGAAGGGUUACAACAAGAACGUUCGGCCCAUGGAAAAGAGUGGAGACAUCACAGAGGUCUCCAUCAAGAUGACGCUCACCAACCUCAUCUCUUUGAAUGAAAAGGAGGAGGCCUUGACCACCAAUGUCUGGAUAGAAAUGAAAUGGUGUGACUACAGGCUCAGGUGGAACCAGCUGCCCAGGUCAGCUCUGUAUGAGAACAUCACCUCUAGUCUGCGUGUCCCCUCCAAAAGCAUCUGGCUGCCUGACAUCGUACUGGAGAACAAUGUUGAUGGACAUUUUGAAGUAGCUCUUUACUGCAAUGCAUUGGUGUCUCCUAAUGGCUGUGUGUACUGGCUGCCUCCUGCUAUUUAUCGCAGUGCCUGUGCCAUCACUGUGAACUAUUUUCCCUUCGACUGGCAGAACUGCACCAUGGUCUUCCGCUCCCAGACUUACUCCGCCAAUGAGAUUGAGCUGGUUCUCACUAAGGAAAAUAACACCACAUUGGAGUGGGUGGAUAUUGACCCUGAGGCCUUUACAGAGAAUGGAGAGUGGACCAUCAGACACAGGCCAGCCAAGAAGGUGAUCAACACUCAGUACACCAGAGAUGAUCUGGAGUACCAGGAGUUGGUCUUCUUUCUCAUCAUUCAGAGAAAGCCUCUUUUCUACAUCAUUAACAUUAUUGCUCCCUGUGUCCUCUUCUCCUUCCUCGGCCUGCUAGUCUACUACUUACCUGCCAAAGCUGGUGGCCAGAAGUGCACCAUGUCUAUUGCCAAUCUUCUUGGCCAAACUGUGUUCCUCUUUCUUAUUGCUAAGAAGGUUCCAGAGACUUCUCAAGCAGUGCCUCUUAUUGGAAAGUAUCUGAUGUUUGUGAUGUCAGUGACCACCAUGGUAGUGAUGAAUUGUGUGGUAGUCCUCAACGUAUCCCUGAGAACCCCAAACACUCACACAAUGGCAGACAAAGUCCGGAAGAUCUUCCUCAACAUCUUGCCUCGGCUGCUGAGGAUGCAGAUCCAACCCUGGACACCAAACGCUGGCCAUGUCUCAGAAAUUAGAAAUGGCGAAACUGUGUCUGCAGACAGAAACGGUGUUCACCUGGUUCCCUGCCGUCGCCGCAGCUCCAUCACUGUCAUCACCAAAGCGGAGGAAUAUGUAAUGAAAACAGCUCGGUCUGAGCUCAUGUUUGCCAAACUCAGAGAGAGAAAUGGAUUGAUGAAAUCAGUACUAGAGAAGCUACAUGAUGGGCUGGAGGCAGGUACAUCGCAGCACCUUGCUGACAGUCUACAAAAGGCCAGUCCAGAGCUGAAGCAGUGUGUGGCCUCCUGCAGACACAUUGCUGAAACUACAAGACAGCAGAACAACUUCCAGAGGGAAAAUGAAGAAUGGUUCCUGGUUGCCCGUGUCAUCGACAGGGUCUGCUUUAUUGUCAUGGCUUUGGUGUUUUUCAUCGGCACCAUUGGCAUCUUCUUGAUGGGCCAUUUCAACCAGCCACCAUCUGCACCUUUUCCCGGGGAUCCAAAGAAGUAUCUCCCUUCAUUAUACAACAUUACUGCUGUAUAGCACCGAAUGAAAUGGGAGCAAACGUCCUAGGGUGAACAAGGGGAAAUUGUUUGAUGUUAUCUUUUUUACUCAGAGUGAGCUUCCGUUAGUGGUUUUUCACCAAUGACCACAGCACAACUGAUGGAGAAAAUGCAGCAGUGUGCAUUUCCUGCACAGGUCACUGCUGUGAGCCUGUGGAGCACAAUCCACUGUGCUGUUGUGUGAAUGCAUACUGUAUCAGUUGUCCUGGCUGCUGAGAUUGUUUGU